AUGGAGUACUACUGUGUGAUCUUCCUCUCAAUAACUGUAUUCUGUAACUUUCUCAGUCUGUCAUCCGGCAAUCAAACUAACAACAGUUCCUCCAUGACAUUGUAUGGCAUCGGAGUUGUUCUUGAUAUGGGAUCUUCGCUUGGAAGGAUGGCAAAUAACUGUAUUUCCAUGGCCGUCUCUGAUUUUUACUCUAUAAAUAGACAUUACCAAACAAGGCUGGUUCUGCACACCAGGGAUUCCAUGGGAGAGCCUCUCUAUGCUUUGUCUUCAGCUAUUGAUCUUUUAGAAAAUAAAAAUGUCCAUGCAAUACUGGGGCCACAAACAUCUGAAGAGGCCGAGUUUCUGGUUGAUCUAGGAGACAAAGCUAGAGUGCCCAUUGUUACCUUUUCCGUGACCACCCCCUUUCUUUCUCAGGAGAAAACUCCGUACUUUGUCCGUGUAGCAAUCAAUGAUAAUGCUCAGGUAAAAGCUAUAGCUGCCAUUGUUCAAGCAUUCAGAUGGAGGCAGGUGACUCUCAUACAUGAAGAUUCGAAUUAUGGAAAUGGUAUCAUAGCAUAUCUAAUUGGAGCCUUUGAGGAGAUUGAUUCACAUGUCCCCUAUAGGAGUGUCAUUUCCCUGAGAGAUACUGAUGACCAGAUCACUAUAGAGCUCCAAAAACUGAUGACAAUGUCCACCAGGGUAUUUGUUGUGCACAUGUCCUGUUCCCUUGCUUCGCGACUUUUCUUAAAAGCGAAGGAAUUGGGGAUGAUAAGUAAAGGGUAUGCCUGGAUUAUAACUGAUGGGAUAACGAGUUUCUUGAAUUCAAUGGAUGCAUCAGUCAUUGACUCAAUGCAAGGGUUAGUAGGCCUAAAUCCUUAUAUUCCACCUUCAGAAGAGCUUAACAACUUCACUGUGAAAUGGCAAAACAAGUUUCCCAAUGACAAUCAAAGCGGUAAAUUGAAUGAAUUAAAUGUGUUUUGUUUGUGGGCGUACGAUGCUGUUUGGGCUCUAGCAAGAGCAUAUGAAGAAAUCGGUCCCAGAAUGUCCCAACCUCAGAAAUUGAAAUCUUGGAGUAAGUUUACAAACCUGGCUUCCAUUUCAGUAUCACAAACUGGUUCAAAGAUUCUCAAAGCCAUUUUGCAGAGUCAAUUUAAUGGUUUGAGUGGCAAGUUUCAGCUUAAGGAUGGACAGUUGGAACCAGUGGCAUUCCAACUAGUAAAUGUAGUUGGAAAUGGGGUCAAGGGAAUUGGAUUUUGGACACCAAAACAUGGAAUUUCACGAGAAGUUAACCUGUCAGAUAGCCAGCUCUAUUCAACAUCUGCGAACAGUCUUCAACCUACCAUCUGGCCUGGACUAUCUGCUGUUACCCCAAAAGGUUGGACAAUGCCAGUGAGUGGAAAGAAAUUGAGAAUUGGAGUUCCAGUGAAAGGUGGUUUUACUGAAUUAGUGAAGGUGGAUCGCAAUCUGCAAACUGGUUCAGUUUCUGUAUCUGGCUUCUGCAUAGAUGUGUUCAAGGCUGCAGUUGAAAAUUUACCUUAUGCAUUAACUUAUGAGUUCAUCCCCUUUGCUGAUUCUAAUGGAAGCAGUGCAGGAACCUACAAUGACCUUGUAUUCCAAGUCUAUCUCCAGGUUUUUGAUGCAGUGGUGGGGGACGUUACAAUCACAGCAAACCGAUCUUUGUAUGUGGACUUUACUUUGCCUUAUACAGAGUUAGGUGUGGGCAUGGUGGUGCCUAUUGAGAUUGGAAAAGCCAAGAACAUGUGGAUCUUUUUGGAGCCUUUGACAGUGGACCUUUGGCUUGUUAGUGGUGCUUUUUUCAUUUUGACAGGGUGUAUUGUUUGGUUCAUAGAACGCAAAAUCAAUGAUGAGUUUAAGGGCUCAAGGGCUCAACAAGUUGGAAUGAUACUCUGGUAUUCAUUCUCAACCCUGGUAUUUUCACAAAGUAAGUAA